UUUUGUUAAAGUAAGUUAAUUAGCACUAGGGGUAGAUCAACCCCCCCAAAAAAAGGAAGAAACAGAGAGAAAAAACAGAAAAAGAAAAAGAAGAAAAAGAAAAAACACCUUACGACCAGUGUGUCUACCAACUCUUGAAGAUCUUCAAAAGACAAUAUACAAACGCAAAAAAAAAAAUUAAAAAAAAAUAGAGACAAUAUUUAGUUUCCAAUUGGAUAAAGGAAAUAUGGCCCGUCGUUAUAGGAGCGGUUUUGGCUGGUUAAUCAUCGUGAUGGUAGCGGUGUUUGAGGCGGUGUCGGUGGCCGGACGGCGACCUUUCCCCCGCCACCUUGCUAUUGAUGGGGUUGGCGCUCCCAAAUCUGGAAUAUGCGCUAAGGCAGUGGUAAAACACGGCUACAAGUGCCAGGAGUUUGAUGUGAAAACGGAUGAUGGAUACAUGUUAAGCCUGCAAAGGAUUCCCGAAGGAAAGGUUGGAAAUAAUAGCGCCAAAAAGCCCCCUGUGGUGCUGCAACACGGCGUUCUAGUGGUAAUUAAGACUCUAAUUUGUUGGCCUUUAUCUCCUUUUUCUUUUUUGUUUGGUAUAUAUUUGCAGGAACUCGUUAAAAUCUUCCCUGCUAGGGGGAGUAUGUCAGUUGGGUGUCUAUUGUCAUUGAAUAAAAGAAUCAUUCCAAGUUAAUAUUAUGUACUAGUAGUAGAUUUUGCCUGCUUUAUUCUCUAAAUAAAGUCAAAGUCCAAGGGCGUGGUUAGUAUAGUACCGUAACGCUGGUAAAUCAACAUCACACGAUGGAUUGAAGUACACCUGAGGAAAAAGAGAGUUACAAGUACAGCUGCAGUACAAAGUACAAAUAGUACAGAAAUACUAUAUGAAUCUGUAUCUAGUGACGACAAAUGUUCAUUUGUGGGGUUCAAAUUAAUUAAAAGCAAAUGGAUGAUGGUAUCUGCGUAUUCAAUCAUGAGUAUUUCUCUAGCUAGCAAGUUUCAUGGAUGAGUAUAGAUUUACUAUUAUUAUUUUAUUAAUUUGGGGGGAAUGGAAUGAAAAAUGAAUGCAGGAUGGAGUGACAUGGCUGAUGAAUUCACCACAACAAGCAUUGGGGUUCAUACUGGCAGAUAACGGGUUCGACGUAUGGAUUUCCAACGUGAGAGGAACCAGGUACAGCAGGAGGCAUGCCACCCUUGACCCAAACUUCAACCCAAAAUUCUGGGACUGGAGCUGGGAUGAACUGGUUGACCACGACUUGCCCGCGGUCUUAGGUUUCGUGCAAAAACAAACCGGUCAGAAGGUUCAUUACGUGGGACAUUCCUUGGGAACCUUGAUGGCUUUGGCUACCUUGGCGGAAGGAAAGCAACUGGAUAAGCUCAAAUCCGCGGCGUUGCUCAGCCCCAUUGCUUACCUCAGUCACAUGACCACUGCACUCGGGAUUGUUGCUUCCCGUUCCUUCAUGGGUGAACUCGGCCAACUUUUUGGACUUGCAGAAUUCAAUCCCAUGGGCCCUGGAGCCUCCGCUCUGGUGCGAUUUUAUUGUUCUCAACCUUUGGUCAACUGUUACGACUUCAUGGCCGCAAUGACAGGAGUAAAUUGCUGUCUCAACCGCACAACAGCUAAGGAUCUGUUGGAGCAUGAGCCUCAAUCCACUUCAACAAAGAACCUGGUCCACUUGGCUCAAACCGUACGAGAUGGAGUACUGAGGAGAUACAAUUACGGGAACACCAAGGACAACAUGGCUCACUACAAAUCCCCUAAUCCUCCGGUUUUCAAUUUAGCCAAGAUUCCUCCCAGCUUUCCCCUCUUCCUCAGCUACGGCGGCCAAGACGCCCUCUCCGACAUCGCGGAUGUUAAGAGGUUACUGUCUGAGAUCAAAUCCCAUGAUCCCGCUAAACUGCAGGUUCAGUUGAUUAAGGACUAUGGCCAUGCCGACUUCAUCCUGGCCACCAAUGCCAAGGACCUUGUUUACAAUCAAGUCAUCUCCUUCUUCCGAAAGUUCAACUAAAUUAUUUAGUCUCAGAGGUUCGUUUUUGGACAGCCAUAUAUUGAUCACCAUGCGCGCGCUACAUAUACAAUAUGUACCACACUAAGAAAGCAAGAGAGUCACCCCACACACGCUUUCUCGCUCUCUCUCUUUUUUUUUUUUCUUUUUUAGUACGAUAAUGGAGGCAAUAGAUUUUUUUUACACACCUAUAAACCUUCACCCUACUCACUCUGAACGGGAUUCGAUCUCUAAACAUUUCAAAAUGUUCCCUUAGAAGAGCCUUAAUUAGGCUACUAGGAUCAUAUCCCUAUAUUUUUUUUCUUUUGUUACGAAAAUAAUGUUCACCAAAUGAUGAAGGGGUUGUACUAUGUGGACUUGAUGAAUAAUUAUAAAUCAAUGAUUAUUUAUUACUUGUAUCCGAAUUUGCAAUGGCGCAGGCG